AUGGCGACUCUGGCGGAGAAGCUUGAGAAGAUCAAGUCUCCCAAGUUGCAGAACCAGCAUCACACUGCUGUGGUGCUCUCUGCAGUUGAGGACACUCUCCGUGAUCAAAAGGCAGAUUUCUCACCUACCGCAUAUUUUGCCGCUCUCCUUGCACUGCUCUCGCAGUCACUGUCCGCAUCCCAGGGCAUUGUCAACAAGGACUUAGCGACCUCCGUUGUCUACCUACUCGACAUCACAACCGUUUACGUCCCCGCGCCGAUCCUUUGCGCCAAAUUCUCCCAAAUUCUCGAAGGUCUUGCACCUGCGCUUUCUCUCCCUGAGGUCGAGGCCCCGCUCCUGCGUCCUUCAAUUGGUUGUCUUGAGUCUCUGCUCAUUGCCCAGGAUGCUGCAUCAUGGAACCUCCCACACACACAGGUCGGCCCGCGACGCGCGAUGGCAGGUCUGCUGAGUCUCUCAGUUGACCACCGGCCCAAGGUGCGGAAGCGUGCCCAGGAGGCUCUUGUCAAGGUUCUCAAGGCACCCCCGCCGAGCCCGUCUCUGGACCACCCAGGUGCGGAUAUGUGCGCUCAGUCUGCGAUGAAGACUUUGGGUGAUAGCAUCACAGCCGCUCACAAGCAGAAGAAGGGCCGUCAUGACGCUCAGGCCAACAACCACGAGCCCCUCAUUAUUCACUCACUGCAGCUGAUCAAGACCAUUGCCUCAGCGUCAGGUGGCUGGCCCAGCAAGAAGAUCGAGCCGCUCUGCGAACUUCUCAUGAACGCUUCCCGGUCUAGCAACGAGUACAUCACCAUGGGUGCCUUCGAGGUAUUUGAGGUCAUUUUCGAAGGAAUGGCUGAUGAGUUCUCGUCUUCUAAGCUGCCCCGUCUUUUGGAUGCUAUUUCCGAACUCAAGCCUGCACAGAAUGACUCCCAGCUUCUCCCACCUUGGAUUGCGGUGCUCUCGCGCGGUUACGAUGUGGCCGCACAAAUCACUCCCGAGGAUACUUUCGAGAAGUUGCCGGAUCUGUUCACCUUGAUUUCUGGAUUCAUGGCUUCGCCUUCUAGCAACAUCCGCGUCUCCGCAUCUGAGUGUCUGAUCUCAUUCCUGCACAACUGUAUCCCCAACUCUGUUAUUGUGGACCCAUCUGUGUAUGAUGAAAAGACCUUGGAGAAGUUGUCUCGUGCAGCCGUUGACCUUCUGUCGGUGAAGUACCAGGCUGCUUGGAAAGAAGUCUUCAAUGUUUGCUCUGCUCUGUUCGAUUGCUUCAAAUGGCGAUCGAGCCCGUAUCUUGUCAAGAUUGUCUCCACAAUCGGUGAGCUGCGCAGCAAUGGCGGCUUCCACGGCAAGAAAGAGGCCGAUGCUGUUCUUGGUAGUGCUAUCGAGGCAAUGGGCCCUGAAGCAGUGUUGGAAAUUCUUCCCCUCAACAUUAUUGAGCAGAAGGCCGGUCAACCCGGCCGUGUCUGGAUGCUGCCUAUUAUGCGCGAUAGCGUGACCAACACGAAUCUCCGCCACUUCCGUACCGAACUCGUUCCCCUGAGUGAGGCACUUUACCAGAAGGUGGUGAACUUUGGUGCCGCUGAGAAGUCCGUGGAAGUAAAGAUUUUCGAAACCCUCGUCCAACAGACCUGGGGUACCCUUCCCGGCUACUGCGAGCUGCCACUUGAUCUUGUCGAGGCAUUCGACCAGUCAUUCGCUGAGCUGCUGUCUAACGUUCUGUACAAGCAGACCGAAUUGCGUGUAGAUGUCUGCCGUGCUUUGCAGAACCUGGUUGAGUCUAACCAGGCUAUUUUGGAGGUCGAAAACGAUGAGGAUGAUCUGAUCUUGCAACGACGCAUCACCAAGGCCUCUGCAAAGAAGAACCUUGCUCAUCUCGGCGGUCUUGCGAGCAACCUGCUGGCUGUGUUGUUCAAUGUCUAUAGCCAGACCCUUCCUCACUACCGUGGCUACAUUCUACAGUGUAUCAAUGCCUACUUGAGCAUUACCCCUGAAAAUGAGCUGAACGAGACCUUCAACCGCGUUACUUCAAUGCUUGAGUCUUCUCUGGCUGCCGAGCAAGAGACAGCAACCAAGCAGGGUGCUCAGUCUCAGGGCUCAGCCGACAAGAUGCCGCCGACCUCCCACACCCUGAUCGAUCUUGUCAUCGCUAUGUCAAUCUACCUCCCUCGCUCCAGCUUCAGUGGCUUGUUUUCCAUGGCGGCAGCCAUCCUCAACAGCUCAUCCCCCAACCCGGAUCAGCAACUCAUCAAGAAGGCGUACAAGUUGAUUCCCCGGCUUGGAACAACUGAGACCGGCCGCGCCGCCCUCCAGGAGCGUAGUGGAGAGUUGCAGGCUCUCAUGCUUGCCACCACCGACACCACCCCUGCGUCUGGCCGCCGUGACCGUAUGCUCGCUAUCGCCGAGAUGAUCAACCACCUGCCCACCUCAGAUCUCCACUUCAUCCCAGCAAUCCUGUCUGAAGUGGUUCUGGGCUGCAAGGAAAGCAACGAGAAGACACGCACAGCGGCCUUUGACCUGCUUAUUCUCUUGGCCAAGCGCACAAUCGACCCGGAGCGUAAUCCUCCCGGCACUGUCAUCCGCAGAUCUCUUGUGCCAGGUGUGGCAGACGAUUCCCCAGACGCCCCCGCUACCCUCGAGGAGUUCUUCACAAUGGUCUCAGCCGGUCUGGCUGGCUCUGCUCCUCACAUGGUGGGCGCCACCGUCACUGCACUUUCCCGUCUGUUCUUCGACUUCCAGACACAGUUGCAGCCUGAGAUGCUCAAGGAACUUGUUGAGACCGUUGAGCUCUUCCUUACAUCCAAUAACCGUGAGAUCGUCCGCUCUGUCCUUGGCUUCGUCAAGGUUGCAGUCGUCGUUCUCCCCGACGAAACCCUGCGUCCCCGCCUGAACACCAUGGUCCCCAGCCUCAUGGCUUGGAACAAGGAGCACAAGGGUCGUCUCCGUAGCAAGGUGAAGGGUAUUAUCGACCGACUUGUGCGUCGCUUCGGUGCUCCCCUCCUAGAGGCUAUCGUCGGCGAGGAAGACCGCAAGCUCAUAGUCAAUAUCCGCAAAGCACGUGAGCGCAGCAAGCGCAAGAAGAAGGAGGGUGCCGAAGGUGAAGACGAAGACGAAGAGGAGAAGGCCUCCAAGCCUCAAUCCGGCAACGCCUUCGACAAGGCCGUUUACGGCUCUGACUCCGACUCCUCUGACAACUCGGAUGACGGUGACAGUGAUGUCGACGUCGACAACGUCGCUCAAAUCAAGGGCCGCAAGAAGAAGGCAGGCCAAAGCACCCAGUACAUUCGUGAGAUGUCUCCCGAAGACAAUCCUCUCGAUUUGCUCGGUUCCAACGCUCUGGCCAGCAUUUCCACCACCAAGCCCAGCCAGCGUUUCCUCAACACAGGCCCCGGCUCGAAGAAGAAGCGCUCCGCCAAGGUCGAUGCUGACGGUCGUCUUGUUCUCGGCGAUGAUGGUGAUGUCGUCGCUGAAGAUGUCGAGAUGUCUGGUGCUGGCGAUGGUGGCGUGAACGCGUACCUCGCUGCUGUUAGUGGUCCCGAUGCUGUUCGUCGUGGCCAGCGCGGUAAGGUGAAGAUGGGCCAGUCGUCGAAGAAGAAUGCUGGCGACAGCAUGGAUGUCGAUGAGGACGAUCUGAAGAAGGACCUGCGCGCUUCUGGAUCCGGUCAGAGCUCUGGUCGUCGUGGUCUUGGUGCUCCCAAGACUUCUGGCGCACCUGGCGGUGGUCGCAUUGAGAAGCGUCGCAAUACUGGUACCGCUCCUCGAGGUGGUGGUCGCUCUGGAUGGGGCAAGAAGAGAUAA